AUGGACUCUUUGGGAAAAACAUUGAAUAAUCUCUCUCUCUACGAGGUCAAAGCCUACGUUAGAAAAGCUCAAAAUGCGGUUCUCAACUUGAGUGAGAUGGAGGCCAAGGUUAGGGAAGCCACGAAUAAUGAACCUUGGGGUACACCAACAAGUGUCAUGUCCGAGAUUGCGAGAGGAACUUUCAGUUAUCCUGAAAGAGAAGAGAUUUGUGCAAUGAUAUUUAGACGGUUUACUGAAAAGUCAGCUCAUGAAUGGAGACAAAUAUACAAGGCAUUACAGCUCAUGGAGUACCUGGUGAAACACGGCUCUGAACGCUUUGUUGAUGAUGCCAGAGCCAAUGUGAACUUAGUAAGCAUGCUCAAGUCAUUCCAUUAUAUAGAUUCGAAGGGAGUUGACCAAGGUAUUAACGUUCGCAACAGAGCCAGGGAACUUUCAGCUUUGCUGAACGACGAAUCCAAAAUUCGUCAGGAAAGAAGAAAGGCCAAAGAGAAUGCAAAGAAAUUUGGAGCUGUUUCCUCCAACUCGGCCUACAUGGGAUCCUCAUCGUUGAGAAGGGCAAAUGUUGUUUCAUCGAACUACGACUAUGACGAGGAGGAUGCCGGGUACGCUGGAAGAGUUUUCGGCGAUGGCGGAGUUUUUGGGCAAAGAUUUGAAGAGCAAGCUCCCACUAACGCGUCCAAAAAAUUUGAGGAGUAUGAUGUUGAGGACCACGGCAAACCCAAGAGAACCAGCAAACCGUCCGUACAAGCCUCAAGUGUUACAGCGAGCGCCCAACCCAAAGUCGAUUUGUUCUCUUUUGACGAUAAACCGGCUGCCACCUCAACUGCUGGGCCCGUUUACGAUGAAGAAGAAGAAUUUGAUGAAUUCCAAAGUGCGUCUACUCCUGCGCAGGUUGUGCAGCCUCACAACAAUCUCACUGACCUUUUGAACGCAUCAUAUGGCCAACAUGCUAGCACUCCAGCAGCUUCCUUCCUUCAAUCGCCUGUCGCAAACCCUUUCUCCCCGCCACCGUCUAACCAAGUUGAACCAGCUAUUUCCCAUCCAAAGAAAAAGGAAGAUAUAUUUGGGAGUCUGUUAACGUCUGCCAAAACGAAGACUCAUUCUCAGCCAUCGACCUCUACAACUGCUAAGACAUCUCCUACUCCUGCAACUCCUGCAAAGCCUUCUAUCGGGAAUGAACCUGGACCUGUGUCGUCCACAUCUAAAGAAGAAGUCACUAGUCAAAUUCCAUCCAGCGGUCAAGGGAAUGGGGUUGUUGACUUGUUGUCCUUUUAA